AUGCCGGAUGCUGGAGCGGAGCACCUCCUGAGUGGCCUGUCAAACUGUUCUCUAAACUGUCCCACUGAAAAAUCGCAUCCUCUGCAGUUCCACCUGGUGCGGCAGUGUCAAAGAGCCUCGGCGGAUAAUGCUCUUGCUUUGGAGAGCACCUCUUCACUGGAAGAGUGCGCUAAUCUUACACGAGAACUGCGUGGCCUGGCCUUUAACUAUGCUCCCGGGGGACCAAAAAGGCAUAAUAACCUAUUUGAUCUUAAGUUUUUUAGAAAUGAAACCCAAAAGCAAAAGCAUAUGCGCAGUCAACUCACAGCCUUCGAGCAGCCAGGAGAGUUCUUCAACUGUCAUGUCCUCCAGUGUCCACAAAACCAUAGUUUUUCUGGGAUGAUCAACGACAGUCGCUUUGAUUAUUACAGCUUGUAUGGCAGGCCAACAGUGGUUAGGAACUACACCUGCCUGCCGGAAGUCGGUCUAUUUGUGGUGUAUACCACACCAGCUGCUUAUCUGAAUGCCUCCUUGACCUGCUCCAAUUCCACCGAGUUUACUGGCAGCUUGGCCCAUAUUGCCUCGGAAUCCAGAACAAGUUUCCUGGCCCAGUGGCUGCUCCAGUUCAACAGGAAGCAACUUGGCCGACCAGAGCCAGAGCCAAAUGUCUUCCUGGCCUAUGUGGGUCUGGCGUACAAUCGCUCCACUUCCCUCAGUCCAAUGGAUUUCCGAAAUUCUCAUCAGGAAAGCCUGCAGUGCUUUCUGUACAGAGCCUGGGAUACGGGUCAUCCUCGCCUCGGUCAGGAGCAGGCCAAUGCCAGCUGCGUUGCUCUCACGUCCCAGGGUACUUGGCAAACCCUGAGCUGCGACCGGGAAUUGCCCUUCAUCUGCGAGAUCCACACGGCCAAGCCCACCACUGGGUGGGAGCAUGAUGAUGCCGAGCUGGACAUCGGGCCUAAUGCAGUGUUCGAGUGCGACAACAAUUGA